AUGGAAGAGAGCCGUGACCAGUUCUCCACCGCCGCUGACUCGACAGCCGGUACGAAAAGUCAAACUCCUAAAGAAGGUACUACUCUUAGAUCCACUCGAUCCAGACCCGCGAGUGCCGGCACUCGACUGCGUCAGAAGCCCGCAAACGCCGCCGCGGAGCAGGAUUUCUUCGCUUCCUUAGGCAUUGACAACACGUCGCGUACUAGCACUACUAAUAUCAGUAAUCGCAGCAGCAGCUUCUCGAUUCUUCGCCCUGGGUCCGCUGCAGGUCCAACUUUACCCAUUUUAUCAUCACCCGGCUGGACUCCGCCGCCCUUCGGUGGACUGGGGAGCAAGAGGUCAACGCCACUUUCGGUUCCGUCCAACGUCGGAUCUACAAUAAUUUCCAGUGUUGAGACAAGCUUCACAACGCUACCAAUGACAAAAUUAAGUGAUGAAAUGGUGGACAGUGAUAGCGGAGCUACAACGGUGUCGGCUGCACUUCCAGUCACUUCCGGUGUAAAGUCGAGUACGACGACAGUCCGAUCGAACCCUACGCAGUUAUUCUCGAUGGAGGAUGCCGAAGAGCUGUACAGUGACGACGGAUGGAACUGCGAAUCACCUUCAACGAUACUCUCGUACUCAAUGGAAGCUACAGCUAAAUCGACGACAGCAGCUCCGACUGUGGCUGCCACUCCCAAAUCUUCGGCGGAUGAGUAUGCGUGGGGAGAUGAUGAUGAAGAUGCUUCGCCAGUUGCAGCCUCGGCUGCAACCCAUAUGCGCUCACCUCUGCUUGAAAACCCCAUCGCAAGUUUUAAAGGAGAGCCUGCUACUGAGACAAAAAUGGAAACUUCAAGCACGUCACAGUCGUUGCCGUCACGGUCAGCGUUAUUCUGCAGCAGUGAUCGUGAAUUAAAGAGCCUUGAUGGUGCACAGAUGGCAUCACAAAAUAUUGAGCUUGUUCACCCGCCACCGCUUCCUGACGAAGCUAGCCCAUUGGAAUUGAGGAGGCUGGAAUCGGACAGUCCGAUAGUAACGAAUCUGUUUGAUGAGGAAACGAUCUCGGAUACUGAGCUAUCUCCUAUCCAAUCUGCCUCUACAGUGUGUCUUGGAGCUACGUCAUCUUUCUUGUCGACAGAGUCUGCACACGACGCAGCCGAAAGAAAUUGUGUCACUGCAGACAAAGUGCUGACCGAUGUGGCUUCUCCUGGUGCAAACUUCACUGAUCAGCGUCAGAACGUUGAGCGCAAAAAUCAGUCCGAAAGGCCCGUGGGCAAUGAACUGUAUGCAGUGGAGACAUUGGAAAGCUCUACAAAUACUGUUAUGUCUGUCUCCACGACAAAAUCGACGAUUGCACAAUCAGACACAUUUGUGGCACCUCCAGUUGAGCUCGCUAGUCCUGGUGGUGCUGCGGGUGAGUUUUGGGGAAACGAUGACGAAGCAGAAUUAUUUGAUAGCGACGAGCAUGCAGAUGUGGAGUGGAAUGUCAGCAUCAAGAGUCACCAGCGUACAAUGGUCAUUGCAGAAAAUUGUAAAGAGUCGAGCGAUUCCGCUUACUGUGGCCAAGAGACUUCAUUUUCACUUUCAUCUCAGCCGUCACCGCUUCAUGUUGCUGCCGAGUCUUUCAUGAAACAGGAGCCAGUGCCUGAAGAUACAAUGGUAGCCAGUAUUCUUGCACUGCCAGAUCAUCAGGAGGAGCUUAGAGUCACAAGUCUAGAAAAUCCGAAAGCAACGAUUAGCCAGGAGACUGCAGCAGCUCCUGUAGAAUCAUCGAUGGAGUUGCAACAACCAGCACAACACGAAGCAAUGAACGAUUUAGAGGUGAAGACGUCUGCGUUAUUGGUCAAUGAGAGCCGGACAUUUUCAAGCGUAAUUUCUGAAUCCGAGAAUCUAGAUAAUCUCACCAAAGACUCUUCUGAACCACCGCGCACCGCUCGUUUUCUGCAUACUUCAACCGGAACAGGUGGCGCUUUUGGACAUUUACCAUCACUCCAUGACGAUGACAUUUCCAACUUGAAAGACGACCGUGUUGGUUCAUUAUCCAGUACGCAUGAUGCUCACCAAUCAUCUCACACGUCAGCGACUUUCCCUUAUGGUGAAAAAUGUGAGGACUUUGAGCCAUUCACUGACUCUAGUGGAAAAUGCGACUCAGUACCUUUACCGUGCGGUGAUGUAGGUCAAUAUUCAUCUCUGGAACAAGUGGAUCUGCGCAAUGUAAAGCCUCACCAAAAUUUUCGACAGGGUCGUAGUGAUGACGAAGAACGAGACUCGGUAGUAUCCUUUUCGGGAGAACACUCGUUUUUUCCGCCUGCUGGGCGGCCUACUUCUCUUAAUGGAGGCUCACAAUCAUCAUUUACAAGCCACCGCAUGUACCCAUCGUCACUUGCAAGCACGGAUCAUGACGGCAGCUCCAUAGCAUCUUUUGGAGUAUCUUCUGCCGGUGCCACGUUUGGCGGCUCAGAGCGUGUGAGCGACGGGGGUGCUAUUUCGGAUGGUACUAUGUCUGAGACGCCGAGUAUGGUAGGUUCAUCGAAUGCUAGCACAGCUUUUGGUACGGAUUUUGUUUCGGUUAGCGAGGGGCAAUACUCGGCUCCCGGUACAACCAUUGGUGGCUCCGACAAUGCAAGUGAUGGAGCAUUCUCUGAUGGAAAUGCAUCCGAAACAGCAAGCCUGUACGAUACUGUGAACACGAGAUCCCCAUUCGUUUCGGAAUACAGCGCUACAAGCGAACACUACAUCACGGAAGCAGUUGUGCAUCAUGGCCAGCAAGAACAUUAUUCAUCGACUGCGCCAGACUCCCGUCGGGUCUCUUCAUUACAGGAAUCUUCUGCAGUCGUUGCAUCGCCGUUUUUUGAAAGUACUGAUACUUCUGAUAAAACGCCUUUGGCUAGCUCAGCGAAUCUUUUCUCAUCAUCUCAAAAUUCGAUUAGAGCGCUAUCCGCUGCCACAACAGCGGAUACCACUUUCGCUCGUGAGUCAGGUUGUUUUCCUCAGGGAGAGACAACUCAAAGUGCUUCAUUGCUGUUUGGUGCCACUGCCGGUGCUGAUGUUCCUAACCCCUUUAGCUCGUCAAAUGCUUCCUUUCCUUCGAUGUCAGUAGAGACAAGGUCAGCUGAUGCGCAUGAACUCCCUACUUCAGACGCUGGAGACCUUUUUGGCGCAGGACCUCCCGUCAGUAGUUCUGAUAUCGCAUUUGCGCAGCCGGUGACCCACUCACUGAGUUCUAGUUUUCAAGCGCACGGCCAAACCUUUAGCCAAGUUGAGCACAAAGAUUCUUCUAGACAAAUGGUACGAGAGUCAACUUCAAGUCAUUUCGAAAUUUAUAAUCCUCAGCACCACGGUUCGAACCUGUUUGCUCCCCAUGUUUGUGAUCAAUAUGAUGCUAAAAACUUGAUUUCAAAAGCUGGUAGCACUGGCGAACUGUUUGAUGGCCAUUUAGGCAUGGAUCAAAGUAUAUCUCAAUUUGGCAUAAAUUCGCAGACUUCUGCAAAUACUGUUUCUGGAGGCUAUUUGCUAUCGGGCAACCACGCUCUAAUGACAGCGAGUCACUUCAAGGAAUUAGAGGAUCAUGAUCAAUAUGAACAGAGGAUCGCAACAUCAAUCCCGGAUCAGGGAUCAAUGAGGAGAUCGAGGUCUUCGACUAAAAACGUUCAUCCGCAGAUUGCGGACAGCACGUUUGGUGGGGAUCAUCGUCAGAUACAAAAUUUUGAUGCGGGAGCUUUAAGACACCACAUUCGUCAAUCAUCGACGAGCUCUGUCUGUAGUAGCGCUCGACGUGAUUCAAGCGGAAACAGACAACAACAGUGUGACAGUGACCAAAGGCCAUCUCCUGCUAAGCAAAGCGGCUACGAGGACAUGCAAUCUGAUCAAAGGUUUUCAUCGGAAGUUACGGGUAAUUACAGUCAUCAAUCUGCGGCAGACGUAUCUGAAAGUGUUCAAGAAUCGCACGAUAACGCGCACCUGUGCCUUAAUCAAAAUCCCUCAAGAGGAGCUAGCACCCACUUUCUAUCAUCGUCCGUCUCAUCUGCUAGUGCAUUCUUUGGACAGUCGUUAGAGUCAUCCUCUGACAUGAAUAUGAUUACCGCACCGACAAAUGAUUAUCAGCAGCCAUUAGUAAGAACUGACGCCCAGCAUUUGUUCGAACGAGAUGAGAGGAGGACAUUAUAUAAUGGAGAACAGCACAAUGUUAAUGUAUCAGCGACUGUGAUGCGCCCUGGGGUAGAGACGCACAAUUUUAACCAAAUGGUCCAUUGGAAAACACCAGCUUCUCUGGCAGACAGCUCGUCUGAUAAACCUAGUGUCUCCCGAAACGCGUCUGCCUCUUCAUUAAGUCGGUUUCAGACUGUCGUAUCUCACGAACAUCAAUUUCAUGCGCAGCAGCCCAAAGAAAACAUUUCAGCUCGUCAUCUUGUUGAUGCAAGCUCAAGUUUUGGUAGAGCAACCACUGCAACAGGUGCAAUAACAGCUUCAUCAUUCUUUGGCGGCGCGCAUUUGCAGGACACGUCAGAAGUUGAAAUGGUGCAGCAUACCAAGGCUAACAAUCUGAGUACGUCUCGCGUGCAGGCGACACUUGAUUGUGCGUUCUCUCCGCAACAAAAACAAGAACACCAGCAGGAACAUUUAGCAGCCGAAGAGGGUCACCAAAAUUUUUCUGUUGAGUACGGUCGAGCGACCUCAACCUUACACGUGUCUUCGGCUUCAGUGGUGGAACCAACUACGCUAAAUCACAUGGAUCAGCGCCGUCGUGAGUUUUCGUCAACUGCCGUCCAGAACACGCGAUCACAGGCAUGUGAUACAUUCGCUAGUUCAGGCUCUGACAAUUUUCGUGAGCAGCACUUCUCCGAUUUGUUUCAUCCCAAUUUAGCAUCACAGGCACAUGAUGUCUCCUCAUCACAUCAACAUGAAAAAAUGGUGUACUGUCAUAAUCAUGAGCAGGAGCUUAUACCAGCUAAUGUUUCUCCAGCCGAACCCAUGCAGCUUGUAAAUUCUUACUCCGCCAAUCCUCGUGCUGAUGAUACUGGCUCGUAUGGCGAGAGUAGUGUGCAUGUACCCGCCUCUCAUCCAGAAAAGCACAGAAAUGUAAAUGUUCAUGGAGCCGAUGUUUCAAGUUUUGCCGAUCAGAUGCAGGGCCAAGCGUCGGUACACGAGUACUCUCACCAGCAGCAACUAUCGCUUGAUCAUCCCGCUACUGAUUUCAAAUAUCAUCGUGGCCUGAAGCAAACUCAAACAUCCGUCGAUCACCGUUCUUCUGAUCUGUAUGAGUAUGGGUCUAGUUGCAACCGCGGACAUGAAUUGAUGAGCGAGCAAUAUGUCUCUCGUUCUAACCCGGCGCAUGUCAUGAUGACCAGUUACAAGUAUAAAGAUCCAUGCGUUGCCCCUCCAUCGUGUCUGGCGUCAUUUGGCUUUGGUGGCAACUUGGUGACAAUGUUUCCUAAGCGAAAAGUGCGACUGAAUAUUGCCGGAAGCAGUUUUCGCAACAGUCCUCGGGGUGCUUCAAAGUCGUCUGAUUUCGAAAACGGUGGCAACGGAGAACUUCGAAAAGGACCAGUCAAUUUGUACCGCAUGGAUCAACUCCACCCGAAGGACAAGAAUUUUAUGCAAAUGGACUCUUUUCCAGGGCCAUUGACAGAAAAUAUUACUGAAAAGUGCAUUUUAGACUAUAUCGACGAUCGAUUGAAUAAUGGCGAUGCCGAUGAAAGUGCUUUUGAGGAUGAGAACGACCGUUUGCUUUUGGGUGUUCUGCGUAUUCUAGUUAAAUGUAAUGGAAGGAUACGCUCAAAACCUGGUACACUGAAAACCAAUGAUCCCGACUCGCCUGAGUCUCAACUCAUUAAAAUACUUUACGAAAGUUGUCAGCGGCGUAGCGGAGACAAGGGGCUCGCAUUAGCUGCGCCACGGAAUGCUCAAUUCGCUUUGCACCCGAAUCAAAAGCUAAAAAACGCGAAUCAACUUCGCGAGCUCCUUUUGAUUGGCGAUCGCAAAGGUGCAGUCUCAGCUGCAAUGGGUGCGCAAAUGUGGCCAGAGGCUAUGUUGAUAGCUUCGUUUACCGACAAAGAAGAGUACAGACAAGUUCUGCGGGCUUUUAUCGACGAAACGUAUGCAGUAGGUGACCCGAGCCGAGCGCUGUUCAUGUCCUUUGCGGAUCAACAAGAAAAAAGUGUGCAAGAGCCGAGGCGGCUGUUGCAUACAGAUGUUCAACAGCAUACUGAGACUUCCAUUCUGUCAGCAUGGAGCUUGGCGACCGGAGUUCAAGUGGAGGCACCAGUGACAACUUCUAAAAUCGCACUACUGGGAGGUGAUCACCGCACGCCAACGGAAGCGCGAUUUUACGUAUCGCCAGGCGCUGUGCAGCGCACGGAAAUAUAUGAAUGGGCCCACAAAUAUUCGAAGGGUGCGUCAGCGAACCUCAUGAUCCCGUUCCAAGGCUAUAAGCUUAUUUAUGCCAUGCUGCUCGCUGAUCACGGAAAACUUGAGACUGCAUUUAGAUAUGUCACGUCCAUGCUUGCGGUGAUCAACACGUUUACUGCGACUUCGCAGCCGGGCACAUCCAUGUAUUUGGAAGGGAUGAAGAAUCAGCUUACAGUGCUUGAUGAUCGACUGCGUCAGCAUCUUGGACAAGACCGAGUGGCCUCUGUAGCAGCUUCGACUAAUCGAAGUGGAGCCAGCAAGCAAGGUAAAUGGGGUUUCGGAAGUGCGUUAAGCAUAAUGGGCAAGAUUGUGAACCGCGUGGUGGAGGGUAGCGACUCGACAAGUGUUGCACUUGCCAGCUCGAGUUCGAAUCCAUCAGGUGGCCUAUACGCAAACGAAGUGACCCCGGCCGCUGCGAGUUAUCCAAGUACUUCAUCUGUCACUGGAAUGACCUUAUCCCCUAUGCCUCUGCACAUGCAGCAGCAUGCUCAGCAGAGUAUCCAAGACCAUUCGAAUCCACCGUUAUCUCAGGGUAGCGCUCCGGGGUCUUCAAGGGGCUACAACAGAAAUGUAAACGCGUCGCCAGCAAAACUUAACGUACGAUCGGAUGCUGGGGAGAUUUUGCCGUCAGGCCCGUUAUCGGGCAACGGGCAUCCAGGUCUAGUCCAACAGCAAUUACCUAGUCCAUACUUAGGAAAAGGACGUCCGGGUUCUGCGGGACAGCUUUCAAAUAACGAUAUCGGACCGUUGAUACGCUCAAAUCAUUCGAUGGAACCCCCGGGUAGCAAUCGCAGUACACACAGCAACAGUAGCCUAAGCGGAAUGACUGAAGCUGCUACAAGUGUGCCGCGAUAUCACGCGCCGUCGACGCCGCAGCACCGGGUUUUUUUGUCACAGACUUCUCAGUAUUCACAGCACAUUGAGACUCCACGCUCAGCCGUUCCGAAACCAGCCCCGUUAGAUUUGUCUGGCGGCGUCAAAUCUUCGAGUGAACCCAAGACAGUGUCCGCUAAUUUAGCCGCAGAGUUGACUGCGUCGCUUCCAGCUUUAGAUGCCUCCACUGUGAGUGGACCCGCAAGUGACAAGGGAAGAGCAAGCCCAAGGCUGAAGAAAAGUGCUCGUUCGAAGACACCUCCACCCAGUGGAAGCUCGAAAGGCUCCGGAUGGCUGUCCGGACUGUCAUCUUUUAUCGUUACGAAAAUGAACCCUGAGGCCAAGGUGGCAAAGCUUGGAGAGCAGAUGGAGGCAUACUUCGAUGAGGAUAAAAAGCGCUGGGUAUUUCCGGGUGAGUCUGCUGAGGACUCUACAAUGCCCAGUGCUCCUCCACCCAUUGGCCCGGUUUCUAGCAGUGCGCCAGGAUCCAACGCCGCGGGCGUUCCUCCAAUAGGCACGAACUCAGCUCCUGGCUCUGUGAGCAGUGGACCCGCGCCUAGUGACGAUCCGUUAGCUGCGCUCAUGGCCCCGCCUCCAUCUUACAGAUUAAUGAGGAAAGAUCCGCUUGCUGCUAUGAUGGCACCGCCUUCUCGUCCAGGAUUGUAUGCGCAUGGCUCGAUUCCACAACGCAAGCCACCACGUCCACAAUUUGCAGUUUUCAAGCCUAACUCUACAUCUAUGCCUGCUUCUGAGGAGUAA